AUGUCAGGUCGGUUUAACGGAUUGGAGUUCCACCAUGUUAAACGUGAUGACAAUGUAGUGGUUGAUGCACUGGCCAAGAUGGGUGCAUGGCCUGACCCUGUGCCCUCAAACAUCUUCCUCGAGCAGCUCUUCAAUCCGUCUAUCAAGUUGCAGGCUGACCAGGAACCGGCCUCGGAGGUUGGGGGCUCUGAACCUGACCACACAGAGGCCGAGGGCUCAGACCCUGGCAUACGCAAACGCAGAGACCGGUGGCUUGGGGCUGAGAUAACAUCAUCAGCCCACGAGGUCAUGGCGGUAAUUCCGGCUUGGACCGAGCCCAUCCUGGCCUAUCUUAUCCAAGGUGAGCUCCCCGAGGACAAGACAGUAGCCCGGCACAUAGUUCGCCGAUCUGCAGCGUAUGCCGAGCACAACGGAGAGUUGUACAAGCGCAGCAUCACCUGUCUUCCAGCGAUGCGUCUCUCCUGA